AUGGAAAUUGUAAAAAAAGAAAUUUUAAAGUGGCUGGCUGCUGCUAUUAUUUAUCUUAUUUCAGAUAGCAAAUGGGUUAGUCCUACACAAGUAGUGCCAAAAAAAUCAGGGAUCACGAUUAUAAAAAACGAAAAUGGGGAUGAAAUACAAACAAGAUUAACUACCGAUUGGAGGGUUUGCAUUGAUUAUAAAAAAUUAAAUUUAGUUACUAGAAAAGAUCAUUUUCCCCUACCAUUUACUGAUCAAAUUCUAGAAAAAUUAGUUGGAAAAAACUUUUUUUGUUUUCUGGAUGAAUACUCUGGUUAUAAUCAAAUUGAUAUAAACCCUUUAGAUCAAGAAAAAACAACUUUCACUUGUCCAUUUGGUACUUUUGCUUUUAAACGCAUGCCUUUUGGUCUGUGUAAUGCUCCAGCCACAUUUCAAAGAUGUAUGCUGUCUAUUUUUUCUGAUAUGAUUGGAAAAUGCAUGGAAAUUUUUAUGGACGAUUUUUCUGUUUUUGGUGAAUCAUUUGAUGAAUGCUUAAAUCAUUUACAGCAUGUACUUGAGAAAUGCAUAGAGAUAAAAUUAGUUUUGAGUUGGGAUAAAUCACAUUUUAUAGUUAAAGAGGGAGUUGUGUUGGGUCAUAUUGUGAGUAAAAGGGGAUAUUAUAUAUAA